UACUAAUGAUGAAUUCUGGUUUACACUCCUACGUCGCAACUGCAAAAACGCACACUGAAAAGUGUACUGCGUGAGAGAGAAACCAGAGCUUACAGUUACAAAUUCUCGAUGCGCAUUUGAUCUUCGUCACCAGCACAAUGGACAGAGCAUCCUCUUCCGACGACGAAGAGGAUAGCCGUAACCUAAUCGGCGACGGCGAACGGCGGGACGGCGCGAGAUCGCCUGGCCGCUCCUCCUUCCAGAUCGACGGCAAUAAAGACCGCUUCAUCGACCCCGCGCGGUUCAACUUCAUCUGCAGGAAGAGGUACUGCUUAGCCAUCAUUCUCCCACUCUUCGUUAUCCUUCUCUAUGCCACUACCGACAUCAAAAACAUCUUCCGAACCGGAGUCUCGAAGAUUACUUUCGAUUCUCCGGCUAAUCGCAUGCGCGAGUCCGAGUUGCGGGCUCUGUAUUUGCUUAGACAACAGCAGUUAGAGCUUUUCAAGCAGUGGAAUCAUACAUUCGUAAAUAAAACGAGAUUGGCUGCUGUUAAUAAUACUGGUAAUUCUACUUCUAGUAAUGCUGGUAGCGGUAGUUCGAAUUCGAGUUUGGAGAGGACGGGAUCUUCAUUUUCCGCUGUAUUUUUAGAGGAUCUGAAAGCUGAUUUGCUAAGUCAGAUUUCAUUGAAUAAGCAAAUUCAACAAGUGCUCCUGUCAUCCCAUCAAUUGGGGAAUUCAUUAGAUUUAUCUGAUAAUAACACAGAUCCAAGCAUUAGCGGUUUAGGUAGGUGUAGAAAGGUUGAUCAGGGAUGGUCUGAGAGGAAAACUAUAGAGUGGAAGCCAGAAUCAAAUAAGUACUUGUUUGCCAUUUGUGUCUCAGGCCAAAUGUCGAACCAUUUGAUUUGUUUGGAGAAGCACAUGUUUUUUGCAGCUGUACUUAACCGGUUUUUGGUUGUUCCAAGCUCAAAAGUUGAUUAUGAGUUUCAGAGGGUGUUGGAUGUUGAUCACAUUAAUAAGUGUUUGGGGAGAAAAGUAGUCCUCACUUAUGAGGAGUUUGCAGAAAGUCAGAAGAAUCAUGUGCAUAUAGAUAAGGUCAUUUGUUAUUUUUCCCAGCCACAACCCUGCUUUAUGGAUGAUGAUCGAAUUAAAAAGUUGAAGUCUUCAGGGGUUUCUAUGAAUAAGAUUGAAACUGCUUGGAAUGAGGAUGUUAAGAAGCCAAAGCAAAAGACUGUCCAAGAUAUAGUUUCAAAGUUUUCUUCAAAUGAUGAUGUUAUUGCUAUUGGUGAUGUGUUCUUUGCUGAUGUGGAGACAGGCUGGGUGAUGCAGCCAGGUGGUCCCAUUGCCCACAAAUGUAAGACACUUAUCGAGCCCAGCCGUCUUAUUAUGCUCACUGCCCAGCGAUUUGUUCAGACAUUUUUGGGAGAGGACUUCAUAGCACUUCACUUCCGUAGACAUGGCUUCUUAAAAUUUUGCAAUGCCAAGAAACCAAGUUGCUUCUACCCUGUUCCUCAAGCUGCAGAUUGUAUCAAUCGUGUGCUUGAAAGGGCCAAUUCUCCAGUAAUAUAUCUAUCUACAGAUGCUGCUGAAAGUGAAACUAGUUUGCUUCAGUCUCUUGUUGUCUUCAAUGGAAAGACUGUGCCACUUGUUAAAAGACCUGCUCGUAAUUCAGCCGAAAAAUGGGAUGCGCUAUUAUAUAGACACGGCCUUGAGGAAGACACUCAGGUGGAAGCAAUGCUAGACAAGACGAUAUGUGCUUUGUCUUCGGUGUUUAUUGGAGCUCCGGGAUCCACCUUCACCGAGGACAUUUUAAGACUCCGGAGGGGCUGGGGAUCAGCAUCAAUGUGCGACGAGUAUCUUUGUCAGGGUGAAGUGCCAAACUUUAUUGCAGACGAUGAGUGACUCCCUAAAUUUCUUAUACUUUUCGUAUUGCCACCAGCAGAGCCUAUGGAAUCAGAAAACUAUUCAUUCUUCAUCGAGUUUCACUGAUCAACAUUUACUGGAAGCUGAAGAUGAUAGAAAUGGUUAGAUGGUGUUUGCUUUGUUCACUUCUAUGUAUGGCCAUCUGCAUUUUUGCCCCAUUUUUUCUCUGUAUUUUAGUGUACAAUAUUAGCUUUAGCACAUUGCUGAUUCGUUUUGUCCUACAGAUUUUUAAAAUUUUUUAAUUUCAUUUGGGCAUAGAUUUCUUCUGUGCUCCAUUGUUCUUGUAUCUCA